AUGAUGGAAGAACGUCGUCAAAGAUCGAAUGAGAAAGUCAAUGGAUAAUUAGAUUAUUAAACUAGGAAAAUCAUAUCACCAUAAACUGAUGUGAAUUUCAAAAAAGAAAAUUCAAACCCUUUGGAUUAAAAUAGCAGCUUUUAUUCAUUAAAGGGUUAUGAAAGAUAAGCUCCAUAUAAAUCAAAUUAAUAUGAUUAGAAUCGCCAAACUGGAGAACCAUUAAAAAUAGGAUCUACUAAUAACCCAUACCUUUAGCAAUCUGUAAGCAAUAACAAUGAGUAAGAGCAAAUUAAACCAUUUAUUCGGCCAUAUCAAGAAGGAGAUCAAAGAAAACCAUUAGAUUAAGUUAAUUACAAAUACGAAUAGCGAUAAUUGAAUGAAAAAGGGAUUACUAGUCCUUAUGGGAAUAUUGACAACAAAAAAAGAGAUACAAUAGGAACUAGGACUCCUUUUGAUCCAAACGUAAAUAUGAGUUCUUAAACUCCACUAUCAAGAUAAGAUAAUUGCAGAAGAGAUACUUAAUUAUCAGAAUAGAAACGAGAGUUUCAAUUGCCUGAAUACAAAAGAAUGUAUCCAGAGGAUCAUCAUCGAAUUCAUUAGAGAUAGAUGAGUUCAUUUGACAUGAAGUAGAUGCCAGUUGAUCAAGGAGAUAGAACUAGAUAUGAAUAAGAAAGAAUUAAGACAUUAGGAGGAUAAUAAGAAUAGCCUGAAAGAAUGGACAGAUUGAUAAGAGCAUCUGAUUACGUGAGGAAACCAGACAAUAAUGAUUUAUAUGAAUAAGAUAAAAGAGUAUUAGAGAGAAGAGAAUAAUAUUAAAGAGGAGGAGUUGAAUAGGGUUUGUAUGAUUAAAGAAAUUCUGCUAAAUCCUAAGAGUAUUCUUAGAGACAAUAAAAUUAAAUUAGAAGACCUUAGGAAGUUUCGAAAACUCCUGUUGAAGGAAGAGUUAGUUAAAAAAGAGGCUUUGAUGAUCAAAUACAAUAGGAUGGAAAGUUUAAUUAAUCACAAUAUCCUGAAGGCAGGAUUUAAUAAUAAUAGUUUUAUGAUAUACCACCUCCCUUAGAUGAUCAAAGAAGAAUGCCCAACCCUUAUGAUGAGAGAAGAUAUGCAAAUCCAUAUGAACAUAGACCCUAAACUUAAGAUUAGAGACCACCUUUUGAAAGAAGACCAGAUCGACCUGAGAAUGAAAGAAGGUUAGAACGUCCUGAAUUUGAUAGAAGACUUGAAUUCGAAAACAGAUCUCCUUAUUAAGCAAGAUUUGGCCCGGAAGUAAGACCUGAAAUGGAUUAAAGAAUACCCCCAGAGUAUAGAAAUUAGUAAGGGUAUAAUUAUGAAAGAUUUUAAUAAUAUGGAUUUAGGUAAGGUAUGGAAGAACAAUAUCAAAAUGAAGUUAGAUAACCAUAAAAGCAAUAAUUUCAAGAAAUACCAGCUUGCAAUUAUCCAGAUAGAUUUUAAGAAGCGAGUUAUGGGAUGAACUAUAGAAAAUAUCCAGACGCCCGAUUUAUUUAGGAUGGGUAAAAAGAAAGGAGAGAGUUCUUAGAAGGAAGCUUUGGAAUAAUGCAAGGGAGACCUGAAGUAACAUAAGGAAGACCUGAGUUACCGUAAGGAAGACCAGGAUUGAUGGAAGGAAGAUAAUAGUAAAUUGAUGUUAGAGGGGGAUUAAAUAGGACAUAUGGAGAAGAACUCACUUAAGGUGCUUCAAAUGGAUUCGAUGGACGCAGAGAAUAGUUUGGUAUCAGGCCUCCAAUAUAAAGUAGACCAUAUGAGGAAAGAGGAAAUUUUGAAUAAAGGGUUCAUAUUGAGACUAAAAAUUAAUAUUAAAAGGAAUUUGAUGAUAAGUUUGGUGAUAGAUAUUUUGAAUAAAAAUAUACACAAAAAUAAGACAUCAUGGGGAGAAAAGACUUUGGUAGAUCUGAUUAUGGAAAAUUGAGAGAAGAAUUAGAUAGAAGGAAUAAUUAUGAAAGACCAGUAAUGGAGACAAAUAUGUCAGAAUUUGGAAAAAGAAGAGAGUUUGAUGGUGCAACAAGACCAGAAACAAAUUUUGGAAGGACUAAUGAUGUAGGAUAGAAGCCAGAUGAGAGGUAUUUAAGAAGAGAAUAUCAAGAUUAAGGAUAGAAAUUGAGUUAUCAUAAUGACACUUCAGUAAUGGAUAGAUUGGGGUUGGAGAAAGGAACUAACUUAAAGAUCAUAGGUAAUUAAGCUGCUGAAAAUAUGUUGAGAGGAGGUCAACCAAUGAACAGAUAAUACGAUAGAGAGAGAGGAUUGAAUAGAUUAGGAAUGGGAGAAAGAGUGGGUAGUUUUACUAAUAAUAAAAUGGGGUAUUAAAGAACAGCAGUUUAAGAUAGAGAGGAGUAUUAAGCUUAUGUUAGAUCCAAACUUUUGCUUAAGCCAGCAUUAGAGAAUGAUACGACUGACUUAUAGAGAAUGAAAUCCCAAGAUUAGGGAUUCCAAAAAUUGCAAAGUCCUAAGGGCUAAAUUGAUACUCGGAUUGGAGGUUAUGAUAUUUAGAGGAGAGAAGGAAGGAUUUGA